AGAAAAGCAGGGCUAGAAUUGGAAUCCAAAGCCCAGCAUGGCAGGAGAGGAUGUGGGGGCUCCACCCGAUCACCUCUGGGUUCACCAAGAGGGUAUCUACCGCGACGAAUACCAGCGCACGUGGGUGGCCGUCGUGGAAGAGGAGACGAGUUUCCUAAGGGCCCGAGUUCAGCAAGUUCAGGUUCCUUUAGGUGACGCCGCCAGGCCAAGUCACCUUCUUACCUCCCAGCUACCUCUCAUGUGGCAACUCUACCCUGAGGAGCGCUACAUGGAUAACAACUCUCGCUUGUGGCAGAUCCAGCAUCACUUAAUGGUCAGGGGAGUACAGGAGCUGUUGCUUAAGCUUUUGCCUGAUGAUUAAUCUGGUGCUGGGAUCUGGGAAGAUAAGCCCCUCUGCUCUGUUCAGUACAUGGCAGUCACGUCAUCCGUCCCUGCAGUGCACCCCCCCGUGGGCCUGGGGGGAGGGAGGGGGUUGAAAAACUGUUCAAGAACACGGAAGUUUAGGAAGGGCCAUGAAGAACACCGAAAGCGGAACUGCAGAAAAAGGGUUAUGCAGGCAGAAAGCAAGUCGACAAAAGCACUUAGUUAGGACACGUAACUUGAAAUUGACUCCUUUGGAAAUUGCCAUAGAACCUUUAAUGGACAUCAUCAGCUGGAACUGGGAUCUGAUGAAUCCCCCAAAAGUCAGCACCUGCUACAGAACAGAUGCCCUGAUCACCAAGGACUUGGUACUGAUUUAGAGAGAAGAGAGCAGCAUCAACAUCUAUUUGUCGCUUAUUGCCCUGCAGCAAUCCACCUGCCUUUCCUUCUCCCAUCCUGUAAAUAUCCCAGAUUUUGCUCCAGUGUUUCCCAUCCCAGUACUGACCUAACUUGGACCCACCAAGAACUUAGGGGGCUCUGAGGAAAAAAAAAAAAAAAAAAAAGCAGAUCAUUUGCAUUAAUGAAAUUAGCUACAAAGGCUCCUGGGCCUUUUUCCUUUCUGAAAUUGUGUCUUCAAAUUAUUAGAAGUUGCUGAUCAGAAUCGUGGGCACUUAAAUUAUUCCCUGGUUACAAAUAUUUUAAAUAAGUUGCUUUCUGUUAGAACUCCAAAAAGCGUUUUAGCUGCUUAACUAGCACCUCUCUCAGGAAGUAAUAAUAGCACUAGGUAUUGCUGAUUCACUACCUGCUAAAGAAUUUCCUGAGUUAAAAUAGUCAUAGCGGUUUACAUACAGAAAAAGCAAGGUUUUGCUGGAGUUCUCUUGUGGCGCAGCGGGUUAGUUACAGAUCUGGCAUUGUCACUGCAGCGGCUUGGGUCUCUGCUGUGGCUCAGGUUCAUUCCCUGGCCCAAGAGGUUCCGCAUGCCUCUGGUGCCGUCAAAACAAAACAAACCAAAAAAAAAAAAAAAAAAAAGUAAGGUUUUACUUUUUAAAAAAAUCUUGGGAAUAAUACCUAUCACGUAUUGAGGCCUUCCUGCCUGCCAGGCACGGUUCCAUGCGCUUUCUAUUCGUUAUCACUUUACUCCUUCCCUAAAUGCUUUCAGGUAGGUAUGAUCCCCGUUUUACACACAACUAAUAAGGAAAAAGGCUCAAGGAGUUAAAUCACUUAUCACGGGCGGUUCUGUGAAAGACAGAGCCCAGCAGUGAGGCGGUCUCCUCGGGCUGCAGCGCCGGCCCCUCUAGCCCAACGCUAGUUUACGAUAGUCAAGAUGAGUUGAAUUCAAAGGAUUUUUUUUUCCCCAUGUAAAGCUAUUUAUAUCUUCUAAGUCAACUGGAAUAUUAUAAAAAUACAGUUGUUUCAUCCUUGAAACGGGAAGAGUAUUUCUUAGUGCACUCGUUUUGCAGCGAUUGUAAGAGCAUCCUGCUUGUCUCAAGAAAAUUCCAUCUAGAAAGGCUUUAACGUCUAUCUGUAUAAAAUUCAAAAUAAAAAUCAUCUUUCUUAUUUUAGUUUUCUGGAUAUGCCGCAGAAGGAUCCGUGCCAGAAACAAGCCUGUGAAAUACAGAAAUGUUUACAAGCCAAUAACUACAUGGAAUCUAAGUGUCAGGCUGUCAUCCAAGAACUGCGUAAGUGUUGUGCCCGGUACCCCACGGGGAGAUCUCGCGUCUGUUCGGGAUUUGAGAAAGAAGAGGAAGACCAACUGCCGCCGAAGCCCGCCUCACAGUAAAGUUCUGCUGACCAGUUGGAUGCUGCUCCUCAUUCCCACCACGCGGGGUUUAUUUCUCCUCCUGACUCUGUCUUCAGGCCAGGUAGCAGCAAAUAGCCAGUGAAAAUGUCAACUGUAAAGGUUAAUAUGCCAUCUAUGCAGAACAAAUACGAAUACAUUGAACAAAUUUGUACAAUGUAAUAAACAGCUGCUAAAA